AGAGCGGAAAGAUGGUAGAGAGAGGGGUGGAGCGAAAGAAAGAAGGACAAAGAGGGCAAUACGCGACGAGAACGGGAUGGAGAAUGUCUACAGUAGUAACGGCUGCGUAUACGAGGUUUUAACUCGCGGGGAAAAGUACGAGAGAGAGAGAGAGAAAGAGAGAGAGAGAGAGAGAGAGAGAGAGAGAGAGAGAGCACGAGCUUUCGUACUCUCAGUCGCGUGUGACACGCGGCCUCAGCUGCCACGGUUGGAAGCUGUCCGGCACGUUUUUCGCUUCCUCGAAGGCGAACGGACGCCGAGAGAACACCAAAAGGAAUUAGAUAAUAAAGAAAGUGAAAUAUAAUUAACGCGUUUAAUAUCGAAAGAUCAUCAACUUUCGACGCGAUAAGUUUUUUUUGUAAAAAUAAUCAGUGUCUUGUUAUUAAUGGAUAUUUCGACGAUCGUUCACGAUCGAACUAUUCAAAGGAAAAAGUUGUUCGAGUUUGAGGAAAUAGGAAAUUUCGUCACAAGAGAGGGGAAGGAAGGAAGAAAAAAAGAAAUUAGAAUCGAAGGAAGUAGAAAAGUUUUCUUAGAAUCGUUAAGAAAAGUCGAGAAAGCAGGAUAAAUCCGUUUCAAAUAGAUUUUAAUCGCGAGCUAAGGGUUAUCAAAGUUUUCACACCGGUCUUUAAGCGGGCUACGCGAGAAGAAGAAGAAAAAAAGAAGAAGAAAGAAAGAAAGAGGAGAAGGUGCAAAGAAGAAAUCAAGAGAAAUCGCGGGGAGUUUCGUUCGAAGGGAAUCGAGUUCUUGCGGACAAUGAUAUUCGUUAUCGGACUUCGAAGGGAAUAAGUUUUCUCGAAGGAAAAAAAAAGAAGAAGAGAAGGAGGAGGAGGAGGAGGAGGAGGAGGAGGAGAAACGGGAAUGAUUCGCGCGUGUCCAAGAAGAAAAAUGUCGUUUGUCGAAACUUGACUCUUUCCUUUUCGCCUAUGAUAUCUAUCCAACGGCCAACUUUUCUUAUGCGUCUUUCUAGCGAGAAGGAAGAACUUUACUAAAGAUUUCGUCGUCGAGUCCUCUCGAAGUACGAUAACGCGAUGAAGGAAAACGCAAUUUCGAAGGAGAGAAGUUGGAGGAUGAAUCGCGGAGAAUGAGUUUGCGUUUGGCGCCAAGUGUCGCGCGUCUAACCUUUGCUAAACCGUUGACGAGUACGACGAGUGCAAGGAGGAUAGAGAGAACGAGAAGAAAAUUGUCGUCUGGUUGAAACGUUCCAGCUGGUGUUGCUGCUCCUGCUGCUGCUGCCGCUGGAAACUCGUUAUCGUGUUCCAAGUGAAAAGCGAAAGGGUGUCGAUUACUAAAACUUUGACGAAUGUGAGAGAAGAAAAUGAUGUUCUGUCUUUACAUCUACUUUCGUCAAUUCUAACGCCAUCGUUAUAUUCUUCGGAAUAUAAUAUUUCUCUGUCGAAAACUGACGGGUGUCUUUGAAGAAAACAAGAGACAGAGAGAGAGAAGAAGUUGAUAAUCAAGAGAAGUCAGAACGAAAGUCUGAACGAUCAUGCGAGACAAAUUCGCAUUUGGUUCGGGCGUUCCGGACAUGCACGAGACUCUAUCCAACUUUCCGGAACAGUUUGGGGAUGGGCCGAGGAAGCCGGAAAUAAAGGUGGAAAUGCCAAAGGAGUCGGACAGAACCACGGACAACUUGAAAUGCGGCUGGUUUUGGUUCAGGCCAAUUUAUUUGCAGAAAUUCCGGACCGCCAAAUGGGCGCUCUUUUGGUUGUGCUGGGCAGGAGCCAUGCAAGGUAUGGUCGUCAAUGGCUUCGUGAACGUCGUGAUAACGACGAUCGAGAGGAGAUUCGGUCUGAGAUCGUCUCAAACUGGAUUGAUCGCCGGUGGAUACGACAUCGCGAGUUUUCUUCUUCUCGUGCCGGUCAGCUAUCUCGGUGGUCGUUCGAAGGCAUCGAAACCCAGGUACAUCGGCGUUGGCGUUCUAGUCUUAGGUUUAGGAAGUUUACUCUUCGCGUCGCCUCAUUACCUGGUCGGUUCCUACAGAGGUGGUCAACAAUCGGAAAACAUAUGUCAAAGGGUGAACAACGCGUCGACUCGUUCGGUAUCGUGCAGUGAUAUUAAUGGGGAAGCCGACGAACAGCAGGAACCUUACAGCGGAAUGUACUUAAUCAUUUUUUUGAUGGCCCAACUUUUACACGGUGCCGGAGCAGCACCGUUUUAUACUCUCGGUGUCACUUAUCUGGAUGAGAACGUUUCGAAGAAAAUGUCCUCGGUAUAUUUAGGUAUCUAUUACACAAUGGCGGUGAUAGGACCUGCUUUGGGAUACGUGGUCGGUGGGGAACUUUUAAAACUCUAUACAGAUUUUAUCAUCGUCGAUCCAUCCACAAUCGGAUUAACUCCGGAUAGCAACGUUUGGGUAGGCGCAUGGUGGAUAGGUUUUCUGGCAGCUGCAGUUAUUUGCUUUGUUAUCGCGAUACCGCUUCUGGCAUUUCCUCCAGCCUUACCGGGUUCGGAAGAAUUGGCUAAAGAGAGAGUAUCCGAGGCACACGCGAAACCAAGCAAAUCCUCGUCUCGUGAACCUGGAGAAGCCUUUUCGAAAAUUCGCGAACUACCACGUGCCAUGACGGAAUUGCUGACCAAUCCGGCAUUCUUCAUGUUAAACUUGGCGGGUGCCAGUGAGGGCUUGCUUAUAGCAGGUUUCGCUGCUUUCCUACCGAAACUGAUCGAAAAUCAAUUUAGCGUCAACGCCAGCUCAGCCGCGUUAUUGAUGGGAUUGGUGACGGUGCCCGCUGGCGGUGGUGGCACGUUCCUCGGUGGUUAUUUGAUAAAACGUUUGAAUUUAUCUUGCUCCGGUAUUUUGAAAUUCUGUCUCUUCUCUACGGCCGCUUGUAUAGUAUUCACCCUCUGUUUUGCACUGAGCUGUCCAAAUUUGAAUUUCGCCGGACUCACCGUACCCUAUCAUUCUCUUACAAAAAAAUCGUUAUCGUUGGAAGACUCUUGCAACACUGCCUGCGGAUGCUCCAGAUCAGAAUUUAAUCCUAUUUGCGGCAUCGAUGGGUUGACUUAUUACUCGCCGUGCCACGCCGGAUGUUAUCAGGAAAUAUCGAUGAACGACGUCAAAGUGUACGGUGAUUGCAGUUGUAUUCAGGGUACGGCAAAAAAUUUGACAAUUUUAAAUAGCAACGAAAAUAUCACUUACGAAGCUGUAAACACAACCUGCACAAGCACCUGUUCUUAUUUAUGGCUCUUCGUCGUUCUCGCUUUCUGUAACAUGUUCGUUACGUUUCUCUGUACGAUGCCAGCUCUGUCCUCGACCCUUAGAGUUGUACGGGACGAUCAGAGAUCCUUCGCUCUUGGUAUACAAUGGAUAAAGGUUCGAAUUCUUGGCACGAUACCUGCUCCUAUGGUCUUUGGUGCGCUCAUCGACGAAACUUGCAUCCUGUGGCAAGAGAAUUGCGAAGGAAGAGGGGCUUGCCUUGUCUACGAUAAUUAUUACAUGAGCAGCUACAUGUUAGCACUGGCUUUCAUCGGCAAAGCCGCAUCCCUCCUCUUCUUUUUCUUAGCCUGGUGGAGUUACAUUCCUCCGGUAAGCAAGACGAUUGGCUCGAAUUCUCAAAAGGAGACCAAUACUGGUGCAAACAUUUCCUUGAUGCCGAACGACGCCACCAACGAUCUUCAAUUAACACCAACCACGAUCACACCUAUGACGGACGCGUAGAUUAAUAUCUAAUACAAUAUGAGAAGAAUAUCAUCAGCGAAUUUGAGCACGCUUGCGUGCACGCUAAUAAUAAAUGUGAUAACAUUUUCUACGAAACGUUCUGCGAGUUGAUACGUACGAUACGCAAUUCGUAUUUUACGUCGUACAACCUGUUAUUUUCUUUAAAACUCGUUAUCGUUCUCUUUCGAACAUUUACAUUUUUCUUUUCUUCUUUUCUUUUUCUUUUUCUCCUUUUUUUUUCUUUUUUUUUCUUUUUUUUUUGGUUUUUUUUUUUUUUUAAUGUAAAACAUCAUUUCGUUCUCACAAAUAUAUUCUUCUCAGUGACUCAGCGGAUUCGUUAAACUCGCUAUAAGCGUAAGAUAUUUGUGCAGUGUACAAAAUAUCUAUCUAUCUAUCGCCUUAUAAACCUACGAAACAUAUCCCUUGAAGAUACUUUUUUUUUCUUCUCUUUUUCUUCAACUUGGUAUACCGAUGCACGUGAUAUCGAUAUACAAUGUGCUCUUAGAUUCUCUCCGACCGUUUCCCUAAAUCGACCGAAUUUAGAUAGGUCGUAAAAUGAGCGAUCUAAAAGAGAUCUUUCAUUACGUCGAUCUCAUCGUAAAUAUUAUGAAUUCGACGGUGCUAUAUACGCUCUCUGCUAAAGCUUGUUCACUGCCGGUAUUUGAACCGUUCCAUGAUUAUUAGGAAAAAAAAAAGAAAACAUUAGAACAAAUGUUAAACCUCGGUGAAGAAAAUGACAAAAAAAAGAAAAAAAAAAAAAAAAAAAAAGAGAAAAAAGAAAAAAAGAAAAAAAGAAUAGAUACUAAUUGACUCGUUAACAUUGGAGUAUUACCAAAUUGCAGAAUACAUCGCGCAAGUGCACUUGUAAUAUUUCUAAUACUCGUUAAUCGAUAUCUAAAAAAUAAAAGAUCGAUCGAUUUUCGAUUUUCCUACCAUAGUACCAAUCUGUAUUGACAAAUAAUACGUACUGAAUGUUAUCAGAAAAAAAAAAAAAGAAAAAGUAAAAAGAAAGAAAAAAAAAAAAACUACAUAUUACGGAUGUUUGUACUACUCAUUGCAAAGUGCAAAGUGAUAUUUACGCUUAAAUAAUUAGCCACUACUACAGUGCUUGGAUAAAAAAGAAAAAAGAAAAAAAAAAAAAAAACAAUAGAAAUCGUAUAGCGUUUAAUCCGUAAAUGGUGUCGACGAAACUCAAUGUCACAUUUUUACCCUUUGUAAUAUAAAGAUUUGUAAUCCGACGGUGUAAUUUCUCUAUGUAGACGACGUGUAAACGCCUUUAUAUUAAUACGUUAUUAAUAUAAAAGUACGAUGCACUCGUCGGGAAUACAAAGUUGUUUGUAUCACGGAAGAUGGAAAAAUCAAAUCGAUGGUGUGAAAUGAAACGUUAUCGUAUAAGGUGUUUCACAUUUUUCUACGUUUAUAUCCGAGAGAUUCCUCUUAUUAUCUUUGGGACGUUAACUAUUCGUCUUUGAAUGAAAUGAUCGUUGCUCUUUUGUUAAGAGAAAGACGCUCGAUUCUAGGUACACGUAAGCGAUGUGUUCGAUGUUCGAUAAAAAAAAAAGAAAAUCGUCGUAAUAUCGUCGUCGAUUCGAUGAAAACGCUCGUCAAAAGUAGCUCAAUUAUAGGUACUUAUUUGUCUACCUACAUAUGCAUAUGUAUAUAAAACCUACCGUAAUAGAUUCGUUCUAUUUCUCUGUGCGAUUCGAUUCUUUAUCGUACGAAAUUUAUUAUCGAUUUAUAAUUGAAAUUAUUUUUUUUUUUUUUCAUUAUAACGAGCAAUCGAGGUGUACACGAUAGAUAUACGAGCGUUAUAUGUGUUACGAAUAAAGAGAUUGUAAGCUCUGUUA